GAUUGGUGCUUUGCGGUUUUAGAAUUUUGUACUCAAACAUGGUUCCGCCUACGAAUCGGAACAAUUGUAAAUCAACUUGAAAACAACUCAGCACCAAACUGAAAUGUUUCUAAACAAAAACGUUUAUAAACCACUGUGCACUGCUAAACAUAAGUACUCACAUAUGUACAUACGUACUCAGUUUAAUUGUUAAUUUACUCAUAUAAAGAUUUAUUGAUAAUGUUUUUUUUGAUAAAUCUACUGUUAAAAAGUCGAGAGACAACUUAACAAGUUUUAGUAAUUAUUAAAGCGUUAAACUUGUAACAACUAAAAAAUUUACUCAAUUACAUUAAACAAAUUAAAAUGCCGAUAUUACAAAUUUUAAAUGAUAUAAACGAUCUUAAAUAUUUACGCGAUUUAUACCGCAAAAAUAUACCAAUCACUUCACACGGUUAUUAUACAUUGACAAAUUUUAUAAAAUGGUUUGAAUUAAAUCCCCAUAUUGAUCAUGUUAAAGUUUAUGUGCUGGACAAUUGGAGGGAAAGUGGUUUCUUUAUUGUUUUGGAUCGUUACCAGUUGUUUAUUAACACUUUAAAAUUCAAUGUUGACGAGGUAUCGAAUGCUUUAAAAUCAUGGGACUGGAGACGUAAAUAUAAGAUUUUUGCUUUGCCAGCUAUUUUAUUUCCUGUUGUUGAAAAAACAUUAAAAGAUCUGAACAUGAACAUAAGAAUGACUACUCUUAAGAUCUAUCAAAGAGAUCAAAGUUUUGUGGAUACUAAAGGGAUCGAUAUUCCAAAUACAUUAGUGCUUCGAUCCUUAUCUAUCACAGAUGCUAACCUGAUUAAUGAAACGUGGUACUCACGACAAAAUGGUUCUCUUGAAUUCUUACAAACCCUGAUAAAAUACAACAUCAAUUUGGGUCUAUAUACAAAAGAUACCAAUGAGUUAGUGGCAUGGUGUACCAGAUGUCAAUGUGGUUUUCUGGGCACUUUACAUGUGAAGGAGAACUAUCGUGGACAAGGUUUAGCAACAGUAUUAAUUGAAAGAUUUUCACAAAAAAUCAUCGAAUGUGGAGAAGAUGUACGCACAUUAAUAAAUAAUAAUAAUUUGGCGUCGCAAAAACUUUUCGGAAAAUUAGGUUUUAAAUAUCAAGAAGAUGUAUUUAUUAUGUAUAAUUAGUCAUGAGUAAGAAAUAAAGUGUUUUUGGAAAAUUAUAA